AUUUUACUUCCGCGUCUACCUGAAAGAAGGACGUGCUGUCGCAAAGCGCUGCCAAUUGUCGUAAAGGGCUUCAUUUCCCACCUACUUUUCACAGGGCUGCAACAAGCUAGUUUUUUUUCUCAUUUGUGCCGAGAUCAUAGAACUCUACAAUUUAUUGAUAAGCGGAUCAGUUCAGACAUGGCCUCAGCUCCAGCACAGCAGCCUACCCUCAAUGUUGAGCAGACCAGAGUGGUACUGAGUGAGGUGAUCCAGGCCUUCUCGGCACCAGAAAAUAUUGCAAGGAUGGAGGAGGCUCGAGAAAGUGCCUGCAACGACAUGGGCAAGAUGUUGCAGCUCGUGCUCCCUGUGGCCACCCAGAUUCAACAGGAGGUUAUCAAAGCUUAUGGCUUCAACAAUGAGGGAGAGGGUGUCCUAAAAUUUGCCAGAUUGGUGAAGAUGUAUGAAACCCAGGACCCUGAAAUUGCAGCAAUGUCAGUUAAACUUAAGUCUCUCCUCCUGCCACCACUGUCAACACCACCUAUAGGAGGUGCCAUUCCAGCUUCAUAGGACUUCUUUACCUUCAUUGGUCAAAUGCAAGGUUCCGUUCAUCUAAUUCUGUUUCAAUACGAACAUACUGUAAUUCCAAGAUCCUGUGUGUCAUAUACUCUUCCUGAGAAAUAAUGGGAACAUAUAAUUUCAAACUCAAUACAAUAACACGUUCCAACAAAGAUGAAACGUACUGUAGCUGCAUUAAGGUUUAAUUUAAAACAUCCUUGCAUAAUUUUGUUAAAUUAUUGCCUUUAAAAUGUUUCAGUAUUUAUUUGUUACAUUAUGACACUUCUCAUUGAACCUUAAACAUUUCCUUCAGUGCUAUCUUUUUGUAUUAAUUUUAAUUAUACGAUUUUUAUAUGCUGUCAAAUGUGUCAAAUGUCAUUCUUCUGUUAUAUAUUAAAAUGUUUUCUGUGAAUCUGUGUAUUUAUAGAGAAAGUGUGGGGGAAACAACUUCCAUGUACAUAACUUUAUUAUUGCAAUAAGGCAUUUGGCAACAUGAUUACCAUGUUUUUGAAAAAUAUUGAAGCGCUUACAGACACUUACAUUUCCUGACGGAUACUGUAGCGUUUAAGGUUAAAACAUCACCAUUCCAAAAAAUAAAAUCUGAGUUCAUGUCUGCCCCCUUGCUUUGUUUUGGGGGU